AUGUCUGGACAAAGCACGCCGAGCUCGCCAUUUAUAGCGCAUCCGCCCGAACUACCGGGUGAUGGCGAUCUGCAGAAACGGCUGGCGGCUCUGGAAUACCAGUACAGCCAGCUGAAGAACAGCUAUGAGAUAGACAAGGUCAAGAGCCAGGCUAUAGUGAAGAGGCUGGAGAGGGAUCUGGAGCACAGAUCAAGCGAGUACGAGACCGCCGUCAGCGAUUCGAAGCUGUUGUUUGACGAGAACAACAAGCUGAAGUGUGAAUUGAGAGAAUUGGCCCACAACUUCGAACAGACGACGGACGAGAACAGAUCGCUCCGGACAGAGCUGGAUGCCAAGACGUGCAAGCUGGAUAGGCAUCUGGACGAGUUCCAGGAGAUAGAAAAGCGUCUGGAGGAUGUCAUUGCACUCAAAGAUGCCGAAUUGCGGCACAAGGAUUCGGAAUUGCUGCGAUUAAGGGAUGCAAUGCGCGAGGAGCUGGCCCUGAAGAGCAGCAGGAUCGACGAGCUUGCUGACCAGCUGCGUAUCAAAGAUUCGCAGAUUUUGGAGAUGCACGAGCGCAGUGUACAUAUUGACGAAACCAAGGCUCGCGAGUUGUACGAGAAAGAGUGCAGCAACCAGUUGGAAUACAUCCGCGAGCUGGAAAAGAAGAAUCUGGAGCUGAGCAACAAAUUGCGUACGUUGCAGUCGAAGCAGGAUUAUGUUCAGGUGCUGAAGGAGGAGAAGGCGACGUUGUCCCAGAGAUUGGCUACGUAUGAGGCUCUCGAGACCGAGUAUGAGGACUUGAAACUGAAAUACGCAGCCAUGGAGCAGAAAAUGGGAAACUGGCCUCUUUCGGACCCGCCUGCCAUCAUUCUCAAUAAAUGCUCCAUGCUGGAGUCCACAAACAGCCAGCUUUUGCAGAAGAACGAAUUUCUACGUAACGAGCUUGCGCGCACUCAGCAAGAGGUGGUCGAUCUGCAAUCAAAGCUGCUGAAGUCUAAUGAUAGACAAACAGCGCUCAAGUCCAAGCUGUUUGAGAAAGACACCGAGACCACCAAGCUAAGCAACAACGUCAAGCUGUUGACGCAAGAAAUUCAGUUUUUGAAGGACAGAAUCGAUAACGUGACUGAGGAGAACACAAUGUUGCUGAAAAAUAAAGGUGUGGAAGCAGAGAACGCGCAGAAGUUUGAAGGGCUUGUGUCUCUUCUUGAGUCAUACAAACAGCAAUUACAGAGUUUACAGAGCCAAGAUUCAGGACAGAAAAGACGCAGAAGCGAGCAAGAGCAGCCAAACGGAGCUGCACAGCUGGCCGAGGAGCUGAAGAAAAAGAUCAACGAGAAUAACGAAUUAGUGCGGACUAUAGAGGAAAAAAACAAGCGGUUGGUCCAGUUGGAAGGCGAAGUGAGGAAGCUGAGUAGUAGCAGCAACGAAAGGGGCGUCCGGGUACUGGAAUUGCGCGAGAAUCCGGCCGCGAGACACGAACGCGUAACUAGAAAAAUGCUGGAGAAAUUACGGCAGGAGAACCAACAGCUGGUCGAUGCCAAGCUAGCAACCGACCAGCUGAUCCCCAAAACGGUGUAUGAGCGUGUUUGUCUGGAGCAGGACCAGCUACAGGAGGAGAUAAAGUCAAUGAAUAAGCGAAUGACCCGGCUACGCGAGAUGUUUAGCUCCAAGGCGGCGCGGUUCAACGAGAUUGUGUUUCUGCUGCUUGGAUACAAAAUCGAGCUUCUCAGUGAGACAAAGCUCAAAAUGUAUCCCAAGUUCAACAGAGACAGUUUCAUUCAAGUUGAUCUGGGUCGGCACGGCAGCAAAAUGGGCCAUCUUCUGGAUGGAGACGGAAUCCGAGUGAAACUUCCGGCCGAAGCCGGAUUCCAAAAAGUCGACGUCGACAACCUAAUUCGGUUCUGGGUCCUGGAGAAGCAACAACCAUGCUGUUUCUUCAAUGCACUGAACCUGGAACUUUACGACAAGGGCCAGGAGUUGCUCCCGAGUUAGGACCGAUAUGUGCAGGUUGUGGAGGUGGGGAUGAUCCCCAGGGGUGAGAAGCUAGUGAGUGGGGUUGACUUCAAAUCGGGGCCGUUUUCGCAGGACUCCGACACUGGUGGUGUACGGGUGGAUCUAAAAUUCCAGCGAAUGGCAGCCGCCUGUAUUGUAAUAUCACGCAUGGAAACGCGCUUGCAACACAUAGAGAGUAUUGAGAGCAGUAGUGAGAACUUAAGCCCAGCUUGACAUUUUCCUGGGUGAAAUCCGCCAGGGGUGCGUUGUGGGGUAAAUAGGGUCUUAGUGCGCGAGGUCAGGAGGCGAUCCGGACGAAAGAUAAGUUUUUGUACGGGGCAUGAAAAAAAAUUCAUGACCUCAAAUGCACGGAUAUAAUUGGUUGCUUAGGCAGGAGAUCGAGGUCGCAAGCGACGCACGUACCGAUGGAAUCGGGCCUUUGAGCACUCAAUCGCAGUGUUGAGGUGCCGCUGAAAAGCUCAGGCAGCCAUUCGAGCCCUCAUAAGCACGCUCUGCGUCUUUGGUGAGCGCCAUGGCGGCUGGAAGCGGAGUUAUUACCUGUUUCCGUGCCAAGCUACCUUCUGCACAGCCGUGUUUUUUGUGCUCC